AUGCCAACCAAUGAUCAUGCUCUUACCGGCUUCGACUCCCCAAGAAUUCUCAUUGUUGGUGCAGGCCCAGUCGGUCUGUUCCUAGCUUUGAAAUUAGCACAAUCUGGAAUAAACUCAACUGUGAUCGAAAAGGAAGACUCAACUAGUAAGCUUCCUCGAGCUUGCGGUCACGCUGGAAUCGUUCAGCAUGAGUUUGCGAAAAUUGGGAUUUACGACAAAAUCAAAGCAAUGGGCGGGUUCAUCUCAGUGGGGCCAUGCUGGCGAAAGCCCUUAAUUGAUAAUGAUUCUGGAGGAAAGGACUUGGGAGAAAUGGUCGCCAAUUUCAAGAAACACAAAACUGUGGACCCGUCAAUGCCUCCAGGCUCAGGAACCCUACACUUUCCUCAGGCAAAACUCUCGGAGCUACUAUUAAAGGAAGCGGUCUCCACUGGUCGUGUUGAAGUACGCUUCAAUUCUGAUCUGGAGAGUAUCCAGGACAAUAUCGAUGAUACUGUUUCCAUCACUGUAAAGGAUAUGACCACGGGAUCUUCGUUCAGCCUCUCUGGUACCUACUUGGUUGGCGCAGAUGGAGCUACAUCAAAGACCAGAAAGUUGCUGGAUAUUCCAUUUGCAGGCUAUACUUGGGACAGGAAGCUCCUCGCAACCGAUGUUUUGAUCUAUAACCAGCCUGGGGAAGAGAGUCCUCAUCCGACAUCCUUCAUAAUGGAUGAGACCCAUUUCGGUGUGAUUACUCCACUCAUGGAACCUAAACAAGGUACGAGGAGUUUGUGGAGAUACACAAUCGGUUUACCAGUUAAUGACCCUCGCUCGAACGAUGAGCUACUCGGUCCAGAGUAUGUCGAAUCUAUCUACGAGAAUUACAUGCCUGGUCCAAGGCCACUUGAUUAUGAGAUCACAAACAAGAGUAUUUACUCUAUACAUCAGCGUCUCGCUUCCACUAUGAGAAGGGGUCGAGUACUCCUUGCAGGAGACGCAGCUCACAUAUGCAAUCCAUUCGGUGGCUUAGGUCUUAAUACUGGAUUUCUCGACGUAAUGGCGCUACAUGAUAGUUUAGUAAUGAUACUGAAGGAAGGAUAUUCCGAUGAACUACUCGACAUCUAUUCAGAUGAAAGGAGGAGGAGUUUCCAGAUGUUUGUUGAUCCGAUGUCAACCUACAACUUGCUGCGAGUCAUAUCUAAAGAUGCCGAGAAAACCACCGAAGAUGAUUGGUAUUUCAGAGCGUUGAAGAAUGGAAACCGACGAGUAUUGAAAUCAUUGGAAAAACAGGUUUCUGAGAACUGGGCCACAGAUAUGAGAGCUAUCUUGCGAGCGGAUGGAGAUGAGAUGCAAUUAUAG